AUGUCUACUCAACCCCCACUUGGACUUCCCACCGUCUACACCAAAAAUGAAGCGCGGGCAAACCAAAGCAGUCCUGGUGGAAGUAAACUAUCUAUACCAGAUAGCCUGGUUCUAUCACAGUCACUCAAGCAAUCUCGAUCUAUAUGGUUAACUAAAGCAUUUCUACGUUUCUCUACCUCUUCGAAAGAAAAGGCGGAUCAGGUGCAUCCUGCUCCACCACCUCAUUCUCUUUCGUUGGCUGGAAACUGUGACCUUGAGAUAGGGCCCCAUCUUUUCCCGCAAACCAAAAUAUUUUUUGUCCAAUACCGGUAUCGGCAACCUUCUGCCCCGACUGUGACCCCAACUCCGGUGCCACCACCGUCAACUCCCACCGCGACACAACAUCCCCCACCAAUCACUGUCUCACAUGAAUUACACGCAAAAGUUCUCGCGGCCGCAGCUAAAGAUCCUGACCUACAUCACGUCCUUCAGCUCGCCUCGCAAGGUCUUGCAAAUGUCACGCAACUGCGAACUCUCGGUACAGCCAUCAGGGCGAUCGAGGCUGGAACAUAUACAAGUCCUACGAGUAUACCUCCUUUGUCAAGUGCUUCUUCGUCUUCUCUGGCCGCAAUCGCGUCUCGCUCUGGCCAACCUCAAACUAGUACUGCGGCUCAACCUCGGUCGACGAGUGCCCUGGACUCGCUUUCAGCACUCGCUCCUGUGUCAGCUUCAGCUUCACUUCCAAGGUCCAACCCGACCCCUACCGUCCCCCCUAAGCCCACUGCUGCUACAGCACCGACCCCAGCACCACCUACAGCCCCCACGCCAGCACCAUCAACACAUGUCCAAACUCCCCCAACUCGCGCGAUGGCUCCGCCUGCCCUGCCUACCACUGCUGUCCUCCUUGAGUUCGCAGAAAGGUCGAUAGAUAGAUGGCUGCUACCCACCGAAUACGUGCUUAUUGAUCGGCGUCUAAACGGGGACGUUCACCUAUCCACGUUUUACCCGUUCGAUGCAUAUGUUCCUGCUGGUGGCACGGCGCGUUCCAAACCAGCUCACCCGAUCACUAUGCGUUUUCUUGGAGCUUCAACUGAAGUUUGGAAUGCGCUUUCGCGCACGUGUACGGUUGUCGCGCCAAGCAGUGUCCAGGCCGUAUUAUCGGAAGUGAUAACGAAUGUUCCUCAGAGAUCCUAUCUCCAGUAUUGUAUUGCACCAGGUGCACUGUGGGAGGAUAUCAAAACGGCAAAUCCCCACGCACAGUCAUUCCUCCUUCCGUCCAAAACACCCAUCCCUAGUACAACUUCGCGACAGCGUCGAAAUAACAGUGCGGCCGGAGGGGGUGUUCUCAAGAAACGGAAAACUGACUCGGGAGAUGGUACUGCUAAGCCGAAAGCGAAAGGCAAGGAGAAGGCGGAGCCGAUGUCUCUAGCCAUCCUGACUCCUGCACCAACUAAUCGACCGGCUGCUGUAUCAGAUAAGCCUGUUAUUCCCAGUAGCAACGCGCCCACCGCCUCGGAGAGCCAGACUCCAACUCCAGCGGUACCGACCGUGUCUGAGUCAAUACCUAAAGUAGCUACUGCGCUUGUUCCUAGCUCAAAUUCGACCAUGCCACUCCCGGCGCCAACUGCGAGUACUCCACCCCUCAGGGCGUUUAGCACGACAGUAUCCCGUCCAUCACCCGGAAAUUACUCCGCCCGCAUUGUCCAUUCGUCACAUUCGGGCAGACCGGCGGCAUAUCCAAACAACGCCACCAGAUCUUCGCCCCCUCCUCAACACCCAGCCCUGUCAAAUACGACCACACUGUCGCAACCGCAAGCUCUCUCGCAAUUGCAACAGGCCGGACAACCGCUCAACCAACAUAUUUCAGCAGAUCCCCCGGUUUCGGGAGGAAAGUCCGAGUGA